UUUUGUAUCGAAAACUUAUUAUUUAUAUUGUUUUAAUAAUAUUUUUCAUAUUGAUUGAUUUCAUAUUUCUUAUAAAAUGCUCGUUAUAGUGUUAUUACUGUUAUUUUUUAGCGUUUACUACUUGUAUUUUCGUCGUUCAAGAAAACCAUUAUAUGAGUUAUCCGAGAGCUUGCCAGACACAGGAUAUCUUCCUAUCCUCGGACAUACGCAUUGGUUUAUCGGAGGACCCGAAAGAGUGCUAAAUAACAUUCGACAUCUGGCAGGCUUAGUGGAUAAUUCUGGUGGAAUUAGUAAAGUUUGGAUUGGAUCAGCUUUGUAUGUUGUAACACUAAAUCCGGAUGAUGUUCAAAAAGUCCUGGAGAAUUGUCUUCAAAAGGAUUCGUCAUACAGAUUUCUCCAAAAGUGGCUCGGAAACGGUCUUUUUGUAGCACCAGUGGACCUAUGGAAGGUACAUCGAAGAGUACUGUUGCCUAUAUUUCACAAUCGUAUUAUAGAAGAUUACAUUGACGUGUUCGGUGAACAGGGAUCCGUGUUGGUGAAACGCUUGGAGGGACAAUUAGGCAAAGCGGAUUUUGAUGUGUUCAAGUACAUCACAUCGUGUAUGUUAGAUAUUGUGUUUGAAACAGCUAUGGGCGAAAAAAUGGAUGUGCAACACAAUCCAGACACUCCAUAUUUACGCGCGCGCAAUACUGUGAUAUCGAUCAUCGGUAUGCGUUUUUUUAAGGCUUGGAUGCAACCCGAUGCACUUUUUAAUUUAACAUCAUAUUCCAAAUUACAACAGCAAAGUAUAGACUUAACACACAAAUUUACGGACGAGGUAGUAAAGAAAAAAAAGGAGUUAUUUGACAGUCAAGGACAGACAAUAAAAGAAGGAAGGCGAGAUCUUCUAGAGUUGUUACUAGAAAGGGAUAUGAAGUUCAAGGACAAAGAGCUACGAGAACACAUAGACUCCAUCACGAUAGCCGGUAACGACACCACCGCGCUUGUCAUAUCAUACGCUUUAUUGUUGCUGGGAAACCACCAGGAAGAACAGGAGAAGGUUUAUACAGAGUUAAGAAAUAUAUUUGAAGAUUCGAACCGAUCUCCGACUAAAGAUGAUUUAAACAAAAUGGAAUAUCUUGAGAGAGUUAUCAAGGAAACGAUGAGAUUGUACACCGUUGUUCCUAUCAUAGGUAGAAAGACACAAAAGGAACUUAAACUUUCAAAAUGCACUGUUCCUGCUGGAGUUGGUUGUGCUGUUUUGCCGUUUAUAAUGCAUCGAUCCAAGCAAAUCUGGGGACCUGACGCGGAUGAAUUCAACCCCGACAGAUUUUUACCAGAAGUUAGCGCUACCAGACAUCCUUGUGCUUUUAUACCAUUUAGUUAUGGUGCCAGAAAUUGCAUAGGACGUCAUUUCGGAAUGUUAGCAAUGAAGAGUAUCUUGGCCAAUAUUUUGAGGAGUUUUAAAAUUACAUCAAAAGAAUGCGAUCGUCUGAAAAUUGAAAUUUUAUUGUUUCCGGUUUCAGGACAUAUUAUUUCUAUAGAGAAACGUUAAGCAUAAUUAAUAAUCUAAUCCAUUGUUUGUGUUUCUUAACAUUACAAGUUAUUUGUUUAUAAAAAAAUUCCAA